CGAGAGGAUAAAAUAGGGAGAAAAAGGUCGCGAAAACAGCGUCAACCCUGCUCGCCGGCGCACCGACCGACCAGAGCCGAAAACUUCCACCACCACACCACAGCGUCAAAAGGCACUCCAAAAUCCCACCCAAAAAAACCAAUCCCCAACCCCAACCCCGGUGCCCGCCACGCCACGCCGCGUUUGCGCUUGCACCGAGUGCGCCCGAAACCCACCAACCAACCCGGCGGCACAGCACCGCAGUUUCACGGUUGGUUUCACCGUUUCGUGCGUGUUUUUAGCGUGAUCCUCCCGGACCCGGAGGCCGGAAGCGACAGGACAGACAGGGACGAGGAGCUCUCGCUACAACUACUACAACUGCAAGAGCUCGUUGGUUUUUUUUAACCCCCACCGCGUCCGCGACCCCGACCGAUUUUUGCAGUGGUUCGCUCGCGACGCCAACACGAACUCCCGAAGGCGAGGCGGCUUUGCACGCACGCACGCACGCACGCACGCGCGGCCUACCUCCUCGGCGCGAGUUGCUCAGUCGCAGGGGGGGAGGUGGGAGCGGGGCGGGGCGGGGCGGGCGUCCCGGUCGGGGAUUGCGCUGGUUCGAUCCCCCCGCGCGUGUGGGGGUGUGGGUGCGUGGGAUCGAUCUCUCCCUCUCGCUCGCUCGCUCGCUCGCCCUAGCACCUCGCGGGCGGGGCGUCGCAUGCGGCGGCGCGGCGAGGCGAGGCAAAUGCGGGUGGAUUCGUCGCUGGCGGUGGAGGAGAGGUGAGGGGGCGGCGGCGGCGAUGGCGAUGCAGACGAUGCAGACGGAGCAGCAGCAGCAGCAGCGGAGGAAGGGUUCGCCAGAGAUGGAUUUCUUCAGCGAAUAUGGUGAUGCUAACAGAUACAAAAUACAGGAAGUCAUUGGCAAAGGAAGCUAUGGUGUAGUUUGUUCAGCUAUUGACCAACAUACUGGCGACAAGGUUGCAAUCAAGAAAAUACACAAUAUCUUUGAGCACUUAUCUGAUGCUGCCCGAAUCCUCCGUGAGAUCAAAUUGCUCCGGCUAUUACGGCAUCCUGAUAUAGUUGAGAUCAAGCAUAUAAUGCUACCUCCAUCAAGGAGGGACUUCAAGGACAUAUAUGUUGUCUUUGAGCUGAUGGAUACCGAUCUCCACCAAGUCAUCAAGGCAAAUGAUGACUUAACCAAAGAACAUCAUCAGUUCUUUCUUUAUCAGAUGCUUCGUGCUUUGAAAUAUAUUCAUACUGCUAAUGUCUAUCAUCGUGAUUUGAAGCCAAAGAACAUAUUGGCAAACGCUAACUGUAAACUCAAAAUAUGCGAUUUCGGUCUAGCACGAGUGGCAUUUAAUGACACUCCUACAACGGUAUUCUGGACGGAUUAUGUUGCUACUAGAUGGUAUAGGGCUCCUGAGUUGUGUGGUUCUUUCUUUACUAAGUAUUCACCAGCUAUUGACAUAUGGAGUAUUGGCUGCAUUUUUGCUGAGAUUUUAACUGGGAAGCCUUUGUUUCCUGGUAAAAAUGUGGUUCACCAGUUGGAUCUGAUGACUGAUCUCUUGGGUACUCCAUCAAUGGAUACUGUUACAAGGAUUCGGAAUGAGAAAGCAAGGAGGUACUUGAGCAGUAUGAGGAAAAAGCAGCCAGUACCUUUUUCUGAGAGAUUCCCAAAAGCAGAUCCUGCUGCACUCAAACUUCUGCAGAGGCUUUUAGCAUUCGACCCGAAGGAUAGACCAACUGCCGAAGAGGCGUUGGCUGAUCCAUAUUUUAAAGGCCUUGCGAAAGCAGAGAGAGAACCAUCAUGCCAGCCAAUAACAAAGAUGGAGUUUGAGUUUGAGCGGAGAAAGGUGACUAAAGAGGAUGUGAAGGAACUUAUAUUCCGUGAAAUACUGGAGUAUCAUCCUCAACUUCUUAAGGAUUACAUGAAUGGAACCGAAAAAACAAACUUCCUAUAUCCUAGUGCCCUUGACAACUUUCGGAGACAAUUUGCUAACCUGGAAGAAAAUGGAGGGAAGAAUGGAGAUGCUGUUCCAUCAGACAGGAAACAUGUUUCGCUCCCAAGGACUACUACAGUUCAUUCUGCUCCAAUUCCUCCCAAAGAUCAUCAAAAUAUAACUUCCCAAGUACCCCAAAGGAUUCCAGGUAGAACAGGACGAGGGGCUUGCCCUGUAAUACCAUUUGAGAAUUUGAGUGCAAUGGGCCCAUACAAUCAACGAAGGGUGGUAAGGAAUCCAGUGCUUCCUCCAGCCACCACCAACCUAUCAGCAUAUGCCUACCACCGUAAAUCGGAUAGCUCAGAAAGAGAGCUCCAGCAGGAGCUUGAGAAAGAUCGCAUGCGGUACCAGCCAUCAGAGCAUUUCAUGGAUGCUAAGGUGGUGUCACAUAUGUCCCAUGAUUUGAGAGCUUCCUCUUACUACGUUUCAAAGGCGAAAUCUGAUGUAGCAGACAGAGCUGCCUUACAAUCCAACAUGAUGCAGGGAAUUGGCCCUUUUAAUGGCAUUGCUGCAGUUGGAGGUAACUACAAUAAAGUCAGUACUGUUCAGUAUGGGGUCUCGAGGAUGUAUUAGGGUGCAAUGGCCACUUCAAAAAUGCUCCGCUGAGCUGAUUAAUAACAUGAAAGAAUCCAAGUACCCAAGUGCCUUAUCAGCCAAAGAUUCAGACAAAGAAUACAGGACCAACAAUCUGAUCGAGGAAGCGUCGAGGCGGUGAAAAUGAAAUUACAGAAUGUGGAAAAGACAAACAUCUUGCUAGCCAUUGAUCUAGCCUGCCAAGAAAGGCAUGCCAUAUUGCCGUGCCGUCAGUUAUUUGCUGCUAAGAAGAAAAAGAAAUGGGAGAAAAGGGAAAAAGAUGAGCGAGUGAUCUACUUUGAAUGAAAGAGAACUUAUGGGAAUAAAAAUAGCGAGCUUAUGUAUAUACAAUAACUUGAUUCUAUAUAUUACUGCCAGAGACAGCCAUUUCUUUUGUUCCACAUGUGGACAUGUGGUGGUGUGUGUUUUCUUUUUGUAUCACUGGGCGUCUGAGCACAAAUGCUUGCGAGACAAUUCCCUUGUAGAACAGGAGUACAUUUUGGUGUAACAUAAAAAAGAACAAAAAAAAAAAAAUCUGAGGACUAUAGUAAAUGUUAAUGAACUGUUUGCUUCUCUUAGAGUGAUGGGAAAUGAUAGUGAAUUGAUGUUA